AUUUGUUGAAUUUUAUAAAUUGCGACAAAAAAACUCAUGGCCAGGCUUUUCCGCUUUCAUUCUCUCUCCUCGCUUACGUAAAAGACGAGAUAAAGAAAUGAGCAGGCCGUAUCGGAAAUGAUCCAAAGAAAAUCGGGGCUUUUGUGUAAAAGAAAGAGGGAGAGAUAAAGAAACAGAAAAAAAUUAACAACAAAGGGGGCUCGGCUGCAGCCUCCUGUGAGUACCCUCGCGUGUUGUUGAAGGAAAAUUUGAGGUUUGGAGAGGGGGGGAAGUGGAGAUUUUUCGCCACUGGAGGCUGGUGCGUUGUGUGUAGAUGUCGGUGGAGUUUCGCGCGGCCUGAUUUGGUGGAGUUUGAGCUGCAUUUUGAAGAUUUGUGUCAGAGUUGCUGUCUUGGAGAUUUUUCUCUGUGCAGUGGGAGGAAUGAUGCUGGACAUGAUAGCUGGUGUAUUUUUCUGUUCGAUUUGGUGAGGUUUGAGCUGUAUUUCGGCGAUUUUUGUGGAUGUUACUUUGGUGGAGAAAAUUUUCGUUUACAGGGACUGUGAUGGUCUUAAAGAUGGCGCUGGUGUUUUUUGCGGCUCGAUUUGGUGAGGCCUGAGCUGUGUUUCUGGUGUUUGUCGCGAAGUUGAGUUUUGGAGAGUUUUUGCGGUUGAAAUGAAGUGAAAUCGCUUUGCCAAGCAAAUUAUGCAUCUCUUUUUGUGUGGUAUUAGUGGGGAAAUCUGUGCUUUGAGAGGUCGGCGAUGGUCUCUGAGCAGCUUUUUCUCCUGAUUGUGAGCAUUUUCCUCAAAAAAUGGCCCUCUCACGGUUCGAUUUUUUCUUGUGAUGAUGAAAUCUUUCAAAUUUGAGUCAAGAUAGUUCUGAGCCAGAUCGAGGGACUUUGCAUACAGGCCUUGCUGCUUUUGAUUCUGUUUAUUCGCAAGUGGAAGACUGUGGAGCUUGCCUAGCGCUUGUUUCUCCUUUGGACAUCUUAAAAUAAAGCUGCCUGGGCGUUUAAAGCAUGAUAGGGGAUGCUAUGUGCCAGUGCAGAAUCCAUUACCAGGCAACAAAUUGACAGUUAAUUUUAUCUUUUCUCUGGAUCUUGAUAGCGUUGUUGUCAUUAUUUCGAAGAAGGGAGAAUAUCUUUUGCCUCACUGUACACAUCCUUGAUGGCUUCUUUUGCUGCAGUAGCGGCUCCACAGGAGGAAGGGGGUAAGGGCCUUGCGGAUUGGCAACAAGGUCUUCACAACAAUGUUGUUCAUUAUUCAGAAACAAGCAAAUCUCAGUCCGCUCAUUUCCAGAAUGACGAGAUUUCUUCAUCAGGAGAUGAACUUAUGACCAAGGUUAGAAAACCCUAUACCAUAACCAAGCAAAGAGAAAGAUGGACAGAAGAAGAGCAUCAGAAGUUUUUGGAAGCAUUGAAGAUGCAUGGUCGAGCAUGGCGACGAAUUGAAGAGCACAUUGGUAGCAAGACUGCCGUCCAGAUUCGAAGCCAUGCACAGAAGUUCUUCUCUAAGUUGGAACGGGAAGCUUCAGCGAGAGGUGCAACUGUAAGCAAAGCACAGGAUAUCAGCAUUCCUCCCCCACGACCUAAAAGGAAGCCAAGUCAUCCAUAUCCUCGCAAGGCAGGCAGUAUCAUUCAAAGUGGCUCAUCAGCAAAUGAAGAGGAGAAUAGGCUUUCUUCUACUUCUGAUAAAUUAUCAGUAGGACUUAACCUAUGUGGAACAACUCGCAAGAAUGCAGCAUUUGCUCCAUACAAUGCAAGGCCAAGUCCACUUCAAAGAAAGGGAAAUAUUAAUAUGCAGGACACAAAAAUGGAUUCUUCGAGUACAAAUAGUUCUCCAUCAAGCCUCAAGCUGUUUGGCCAGACUGUUGUAGUUCCAAUUAAUGAGUCAGGUUUAGAUGCUAAUGCUAAUGGAGUUUUUUGUGAAUUUAGCUCCCUUAAGCAAGAGAUUACCCCAUUUGAGGGUCAAAGUACCGAGUAUUCAAAGCUGGAAAAAGGUAGAGCAUCUCCACAAACAUGCAAUCUGAAGUCUCAAACAAAACUAGUGAAGUCUGGAAAUGCCUCGAUAGUAACAUCCAAUUUCCCUUCCAUAGAAUCUGGUGCCAGUCCCCAGGAAGGUAGUGGCGAGUCCAAUACAAAUUCACCAUGCUUGGAAAAUCAUACGGGCCAGCAAGAUUCAGAUGAACAGUUGUCAAGUGAACUGGACAACAGCUCAAACUAUCUUUCUAGAAAACUUCAAUCUUCUGUCCCUGUGCCAGGUUAUCCAAGGCAUGUCCCAGUACAGCAUGUUGAGACGGGCAACCCUGAUAAUGUUCACGACUCCAUCAAAUGCAAACCAAAUGCAUCUUCUCUGGCUCAUGAAUUUGCAGCAAUGAGUAUGCUGAAUACCAAUGGUUCAUCACCCAACUUGACUGGGCAGAUGCAGACUGACAUUCAAAAUCCCUUACAAGCUAACUUUUUGCUUCCUUUUCCUGGUAUGCCAGGUCCAUUCAAUCCAGCAUACAACAAUUUUGAAAGUUUUGGAUGUGUCCCUGGAUUCAUUGCUCCUGGAUCUGCUCCAAAUGGUCCACUCCCACCAUGGCAUCAUCCCCCAUCAGCAGCCCUGCAUCACCCAGCAUAUGCUGCUGCAACACUGGCAGCUGCCAGAUAUUGGCCUGGGUUGGUGUCAGGAGUCUCUAGUGCAACAAUGGGAGAUCCACAGCUUUCAAGUUCAGGGAUGAAUGCGCAUGCUCUUUGUGACGAGACAAGUGCAGCGGCAGCAGUUACAGCAGCAACAGUUGCGGCUGCAUCAGCCUGGUGGACCUUACAUGGUGCCAUUCCGCCUCCUUUUCUCCAUCCUGGUAUAUAUGCUCCUUUUGUAGCAGCGAUGGCUGCAGAAGCUGCUGCUGUUGCAGCUGCAGCAGCAGCUUCAGGAAAUUCUUCACCUGGAUGCAAGAAUGAAACCGUAACAGAAGCAAGAAAGCAAGACCAAAUUGCUACAAUGAAAGGAGGAGACAAGAUGCUAGAUUCAAUGCCCAACAAUCCUUGUUCUAAAACUGAGAGAAAAGUAUCCAUGCAGCAGUUGGAUGCUGGCAAUACAGGUUUGUCGUGUCCCAAGUCCGGACGCAUGGAUAGUUUGCCGCAAAAUUCACCAUCGGGAUCAGAGCAGAAUGCAGUUAGCUGUAUGGAAGAAUCAUGUGAUGCAGAAAUGCAUAGAGAAAAGCAAACUUUUAACCUCGAAGAAAAGGAUCAUAUUGCGCACUGUACUAACUCACCUGUAGGAGAAAAUACAACAAACAAGAAGUUUGUAAAAGAAAGGUCAUCAAGUGGUUCAAAUACUCCUUCAAGUGCAGAGCCUGAAACAGAUGCCUGUUUGGAGGCUAACAUCGAAAUGGUCAAAGGAAAUAAUGAAGGGGACUUUGAAUUAAAUGGGGCUGGAAAUUGCACUUCCGAAGCAGGAAUAGAAGAUACAUUGACAAAGGUUGGAGGUUGCACCUACCCUCAAAUUCUGGGCAAGACUGAAAAAGAGAGAAACAAUUCACUAACAGUGCAGGAUGAGAAAAUGGAUGAUAUUAAAAAACAUAUUCCCAAAGAAAGAUACCAGAGUCAUGGAGGAGACACAGCAAGUCGUCGAUCCAAGUCAGGAGCUCAUCUCAGUGAUACAUGGAAAGAAGUUUCUGAAGAGGGCCGCAUUGCAUUCCGAGCUUUGUUUUCCCGAGACAUUUUACCUCAGAGCUUUUCCCCUCCUCAAAGUACCAGGCUGCAAGACAAAAUUCCAAAAUCUGGUGAGGAAUCUUUGUGCACUAUUACAAAGCAAAAUGCAAUUACAUCAUCUCCAGAUGGAACGCAGAUUGAUAACCAAAGUAUCUUGUUAAAUGAGAGCCAAGUAAACAAUUCUGAUACCCAGGCAAAAGAUGAUAAUGCUCAAGAAAUGCCUUCAAACACUGUUGCUUCACUUGCUCGAGAAACGAAGUUACAGGACUCAGAAGCUACAGUCAGCGACCAGUCAUUAGAAGAAUGUGGGAACUGCGGAAGAAGCUCAUCGCCAAAUGAAAAUGCAGCUGUUGAUAUGCAACCGACUAAAUCAUCGGUUCUCUCAAGUUUUGGAAAUUUCAGGUCUGGUCGAGGUUUUGUACCAUACCAGCGGUGUUCCAUUGAAGCAAAGAAGAGUAGGUUACAUGCACGGCCUGCACAAAACAGUCUAGAAGGCGUAAGAGAACAAAAAAGAAUUUGCCUGGAGCAAGAAGUGAAACAGAGGUAGGUGAAUAUAAAUUCUCUUUAGUGGCUUGCUUAAAAAUAUCCGUUGGGUUGAAGUAGGUGCCCUUGAGAAUUUAGCCUGCUUGGAAUAAAUGCGUAUCCAUCCCCAACUAUUAUUCUGGAGGUUGUAGAGAUUUAACGCGUGCAGCAAGCAGGACACACCUUUCUGUUGUCCCAUUUUCUCAAUCUCCAGCUGUACACAAUUUGUCAGCAUCUGAUCAGUGACCAAGCUCCAGCAUGCCAUUGUAAUUGGUUGGCAAUGGAUAUUGUGUCACUUGUAAAGGCUUGAACUUUGCAAGCUCAUUUCAAUAUGUAUUUCAAGCCCAGCCUGGGUACGUAUAUCACAGGGCAUGGAAAAUAUACAGGAAGCCAUGACGCCAAGAAAUACAAGUAUCAAAUUUAAAGUGGAGAUCAAGCUGUAAGGGGAUAGGAAUUUUGUAUGAAUUGUCAAGACUGGUGGAUUCAUUAAUUUUUAUAUGGAAAUCAAAGUGUAUAUGUAGAGAGGUCAUGGGCACGAGCAAUUCCCUAUAAAUGACAUCAUCCUUUCGCAAAUACAAGGAUGACGUGUUUCUGUAAUUGUACAAGUAAAACAUUUCCAUGAUAUACAUUUUUGAAUUUCCUGUAA